AAGCAGGCUUCCUGGUUUGAAAAAGGAGGAUUUUGUUGGUCGUGAUCUUAGGCAAUGUUAGGCCUGGUGCUAACAUUGCCUAGCAUGCAUUUCUUUCAUUCUCUGUUGUCUUGUUGUGAUUUGUAGCAUGAACAUCUUGCUAUAUUCUUAUCAGCGUAGUUCUGUUUCAGUGGAAUUUGUUCAGAAACGCAUCUUUUUUUUUUUUUUCGCUGCUGAUUCUCAGCGGCUAAAAUCUAUCCUAGGGGAAUAGUUCAGUUUUAAAACUCGUCGCUCGACCAUGCCAUCCCGUCCGUUCUGGUGUCAUCAGUGCGGUACGGUGCGUUCGUUAACAGCUCCUUUGAACGAAGCAGAAGCAGCUGAGGUCAUAUGCGCGUGGUGCGGCGGCGGAUUUGUGGAAGAGCUAGCUCCGGGCAGCGACGUCGGCGGCGUGGAGCACGGCGGCCAUCACAGAUGGGGCCACCGCGCUUCUGACCACCCCCGCCUUGCUGCUGCUGCCCCGCCCGUUAUUGACCUAACUGAAGAGAAUCAGGGCAACGCUACUGCCGGCGCGUCUCACGGGAUUGUCAGGGAGGAGGUUCCCGAGAGGUCGUUCGCGUGGGAGGGCGACAGCGCGGGGGAUGCGGACGUCAGCGCCGGCGAGACUGCUGGGGCUGGCGUCGGCGCUUCGCUCCGCCCCGAGCGUCCCUUCCGCGGCUUUGUUCGCCGGCGGCACGUUGGCGUGGGUGGUGAUGUGAGGUCCCCAGGCCUGUCCGUUGGCGAAGCAGCGCAUCGGGAUUCCAGCGGACGGGGCUUGCGGCCCGCCGAUGAUGAUGACCGUGCUGCUGCUGCCGCUGGUGCCGCCACUGCCGGUGCUGCCGGUGCUGGUGGCCCCCGCGGCGGUCCCUCUGCGGCUGCAGCUGGGGGCAGCGGCGAGGCGGAGGAGGGCGGCGAGCGGCACGGCGCAGCGCGGAGGUUGGAGGGGGCGUAUCUGGGGCUGGCGAGGAUGCUGCGCGACAUGGAGGACCGCGCCCACCACGACCCACUGGCGGACGCCGCCAACAGGGAGACGACUGUCGGUGCUGCCUAUGGCAGGGCGGGAGCGGCGGCCAGGGGAGGGGGAGCGGCGUCGUCGCGGGUGGGGGCCGCGCGGCGGCGGCUUGGGGCGGCGGAUGCGUUCGGCGGGCUGGCGGCGUCGCUGCUGGACUCGCACGCGGAGACGGAGGCAUCGCCCAUCCUGGAGUUCAUCGAGCGCCGCAUCUCCCGCGAAAACACGCUGCGCCGCCUCUUGGCGCGUCUCGAGUCCCUCAACGCCAUCGUGGGCGGCCAGCUGCUGGGCGGCACUGCUGGUGCAGCGGGCGGCACGGCGGGCGGCAUAGCGGGCGCGGUGGGGGACUACUUCUUCGGGGACGACUUCGACGCGCUGGUCGAGCGGAUCUCCGCCAACGACGCCGUGGGCACGCGCAACCCGCCCGCGUGUCCAGCGGCCGUCGAGGCGAUGCCUGUGCUGGUGGUUUCGGCUGCUGACGUGGCGGAGAGGGAGGCAGCGGCGGCGGGCGGCGGGCACGGGAAGGGCGGCGGGCUGAUGGACCCGUGCGCGAUCUGCAAGGACGACUAUGAGGAGGGCGCCGUCACACAGCAAAUGCCGUGCUGCCACGUGUACCACUCCGACUGCAUUCUGCCGUGGCUGCAGCGCCACAACACGUGCCCCGUCUGCCGCUUCGAAUUGCCCACCGCAGACAGCCAGGACGCGCAGCAGCAGCAGCAGGGGCAGCAGCAGGGGGCGAGUCAGGGCGCGGAAGGAGCAGCAGCAGCAGCAGCAGCAGCGGGGGGAGGUUUAGUGGGUGGUGUGGCGGGUUCACUGGAGGGGGGCGAUGGGGAGUGGAGCGAGAUGCAGUGGGAGAGCGGGGAGGGCGGCGACAGUGGGUGGGACGGCGGGGAGAGCGAUGGAUUUCGGUCGGAGUGGAGGGAGAGGGAGAGGGAGAGGGAGAGAGAAAGGGACGGAUGGAGGGAGAGAGCGUGGGAAAGGGUGAGGGAGCGGGAGCGGGAGAGGGAGCAGGAGCGGGAGCGGGAGCGGGAGAGGGAGCAGGAGCGGGAGCGGGAGAGGGAGGGCGAGGCAGCAGGAGGCAGGGGUGCAUACGGGCAGGCGGCGGUGGGGCGCGCGUGGUACGGCAUGAGCGGCACGCGGAGCGCGCUGCUGGCGGACGCAGGGGCAGGCAGGGGGCGGGAGGGAGGGUGGGAGAGGGGGGUGAGGGAAGAGAGGGAGUGGGAGAGGGAAGUGCGGAGGGAGGUGACGAGGAAUUGGGGGUUGGAGAGUGAGAGGGAGAGUGAGAGGGAGAGUGAGCGGGGGAGUGAGAGGGAGAGUGAGAGGGAGAGUGUGAGGGAGAGCGAGCGGGAGAGCGAGACAGAUAGAGAGCAGGGGAUCGCCGUGCAGUGGUGGGGAGCUCACGGCUGGUCAAGGGGCGGCCGUCUGGCGUCCCCGUCCGCUCUGCGCCACCACCGCCACGUGUCGCCCACUCGCCGCGCGUCACCUGCGCGUGCCACAGCGGAGCCGCCUGCGGGGGCAGCAGCCUCAGGUGGCGGCGUGGCGCAGCGGCAGGGGCGGGAGGCGCUGCGAGUGAGCCCGCGGGCGGGCAGGCAAGCUCUGCGGGGCUUGUGGGGUGGCGCGGGGCAGAGGAAUGGUUGGGCGGACGCAGUAGGGGGGACGGAGAGACGGGCGGGCAGCAGGGGAGCGAUGGAGAGCAGCGUGAGCGAGUGGAGCCGGCCGUGGGAGCAGCAGCAGGCGCACGCAGAGGAGGAGGAGGGCGAGUGGUGGAGGCAGGGGGUGGGGGAGGAAGGUAGUCACCAGUGGGCGGGCGGACAGGGUGGGGCGAGGGGGGCGAGGGGGCAGGGGGAGGAGGAGGAGGAGGAGGGGGAGGAGGACGAGGAGCAGAGGCAUGAGGACGGGGGAUGGCAAGGGGCACGGAACGAGGAUAUGAGCGGAGGAGAAGUGGUGGUGGGAGGCGAGGGCGCGGACGAGGAGGGUGAGCGCAGCAGGGACGGGUGGACCAGUGCAGGGGGGGGCAGUGGCGGGUGGGACUGGGAGGAGGGCGGAGUGAGCGUGGGGGUGUGGGGCACAGCAGGAGAGGAGGAGCAUGAAGAUGGGGUGGGGGACGAGGAGGACGCUGAAGAUGACCAAGUGGAGGGGGAAUGGGAAGUGGAGGAGUGGGAUGGGGCGCACAGUGAGGGACAAGAGGAGUGGGAGGAGGGCGAGGGAGAAGGGGAGGAAGAAGAGGAGGUGGUGGAGGUGGAGGAGGAGGAGCAAGAGCAUGAAGAGUAUUAUGAUGAUGAGGAGGAGGAGGAGCAGCAAGAACAGGAUGGGGAGGAGGAGGAUGAGGAUGGGGAGGAGGGCAAGGAGCAGGUGUUCUACGAGAGCAGUGCGGAGUACGAGGCCAUGCUGGCGCCGCACUAUCACGACCACGUCCUGCUGCCAUCCCCCUCGCCACCUCUCUCCCCCCCUCCUCCAGCCCACGCUCGCCGCCCCUCCGCUGCCCUCAGCCCGCGACCGGCCCUCUCCGCAUCCCCAGCGCACGCCGGGCACACUGCAUUCUCCCCUCCAUUGCUGCACACCCACCUCUCCGCCUCUCCCCUGCGCUCCGCUGCUCCCCCCCGCCUGCCCUCCUCCCCCUCCGCCUUCCCCCUCUGCCCUCGCCCCCGUGUCUCCCCCCGCUUCGCCUCCCUGCGCACCCAGCCCCACCGACCGCCCUCCCCGCUCUGACCUUCCCUCCCUCACCCACCUCCCCCUCUGGCCUCCCCUGUCGCACCACCCUCCCCCCUCUGACCUCGUGUCUCUCGUUGCCCUCUCUUCCGCGAGUAACUACCUCAAAUCCAGCAAGGUGGCCCACCCGCUCGGCUGUGACAAGCAUGAGUCAUGUAGUCAGGGAGAUAGUGAGGGUCACGCAAGGUGAACAACGGGGAAACAAUGCACUCUCUCUUAUCCAAGGAAUCUCGCAAUACCAUCCUUGUGACUUCCAAGGGUUUUUGAAUUAGUGGCCCCCAUUCUCCUUGCUUGACUGAAAUUUCUUCCGGCUUAGUGCUGCUGCCCCUCCGCUUACAGCAGCCGCGCCUCUUUAGAGGCUGCAGGCGACUAACUCCCAUGGUUAGCAAGGGGUCACCUUGUGGCCUUAUGAUCUGUGGUACUUUGCCAUAAUCUCU